UAUAGUUAUAUAAAAUAACAUAAGCCUAAACUCAAUUAUUACCAACAGUUUUGGUAUGGAGAAUGGAUAAUCCACCUCCGGCUACAAUAAUGCUCAUAAAUCUUCCCGAAGCCACUGAGGGCAUGUUUGGUACUGGUUUUCACUCAACAGAUGAGAAGGAAUACAACAUUGUUCCGGAAAAUGAUGGAUGGUUUCAACUGAUUGAAGGUGCAAGAGAUUCAGAGUCUACCCGCGAGAUAAGAAGAGGUAAACAGUUUACUCUGGAGAAGUCAUGCAGUGAAUCGAGUCGUGAAUAUUCCCCGUUCUAUUGCUGUUUAUGCUGUUUUGAUGCCCAAACCUUUGAAAGUUUCAAUCUUCAUCUCAAUGGUGAAAAACAUAUCCAACUAGGAAGCUGCUUUUUCACACAUUUACCCGAUCAGGCUUCCCUUGAUUCUCAUCCCAAGACUGCAACUACCAUGGUGAUUGAGGAGGAGCCACCAAAGACAAGUUUUUGCUUUUUUUUUUCUAGUAUAUAUAUGAAUUUGAAUUUUAUUGAGUAAGCAAGAGUUUUUAUUGAAUUUUAUUGAGUAAAAGUUUGUUACUUAGUUGAAGAAAUGCUUGACCAAAAAGUUUUUCCU